ACUUCCUUUCCCAAACAACAGUACAUUAAUUUCUCUCUCCUCCAUAAAACCAAACCCAAAGUAACCAUACAAAUUCAUUCAAGCAAAAAAAACAAUGGCUAAGAUUAUUUCAGUAAUUGCUCUACUAUGUGUUCUUCCUGCCAUUGCUUUUGCUGCUAGGCCUGAGAAAUCGCCUUUCUGUGUUCGUGGUCGCGUGUACUGUGACCCUUGUAAGGCUGGGUUUGAAACCCCCGCUUCUACCUAUCUUCAAGAUGUGAAGGUGAAGUUGGAAUGCCGUCACAGACACACACAGAAAGUCCUCUACCAUGCUGAAGCAACCACCGAUGCCACAGGUUCAUACAAGAUCUUCGUGGCUAAUGACCAGAAGGACAAUGUUUGUGACACCGUGCUAGUGAGCAGCCCCCACGCAAACUGCAAAUUGGCCGACCCAGGACGUGAUCGUUCCCGUGUUUCCCUCACCAGCAACAGUGGCGAGGUUUCUAAUGAUCGAUUUGCCAACAACUUGGGCUUUACCGUGGAGGAACCCAUGAGUUUCUGUUCCCAGUUGAUGCAGCAAUAUGAGCUCACCGAAGAUGAAGUGUAGAUUUUAGAUUCCAGAUAAUAGAGCAUGUUGGCUCGGUAGUAUCUAAGUAUGUAAUGCCUUAUUAUGCUCAUCGCUUAGUUAAUUAUCUACCAUUCUACCUAACUACCUAAGAUGAGCCACAUUUGUAUUCGUUGUGAUUGGUUUUAGUGGUAUGAAUGUUCUCGAUUUCAAUUAUCUGGAACUACAUUGUAUCAGUAAGUAGAAUCAUAAACAGUAUUUAUUAAAUCUUUGUUCUUUUAGUUGAUAAAGAAGGCACAAACAUUAUAAAUAAGAAUUGAACCAUCAACAUCUCAGUUGACGGGCAUUCUUAA